CCAAAAACCAAAAAACAAAACAAAACAUGGGGAAAAGAAAAAAAAAACAGAAACCUCACAGAUUCAAAUUCUCUGCACAGCCACCCUAUCCAGAAGGGUGCCUGAAGAAGAUGCAGACUUGCCCACAAAACCAUCACUCUCCACAAGUCCUCAGCCAUACCACAUCCUUCCCGCUCCGCCAUCGCUGUAGCUCUCCCUCCGCCACCGCCCUCCACCUCUCCGCCGCUGCCUCCUGUAGAUUCCCCAACUACAUAAUCGCCUCUUCCUCCGUCCACCACCAAACCCAACAAAAAUCAGACACUACAGUCUCCACCGCCACCCCCUUAAACAGCCAAGAUAUCCUCCGCAAGCACAAUGCAAAAUCGACAGCCCUCCUCAUGCGCCAUUUCUCUCCUCAAACCCCUGAGCUAUACAGCAAAGAGCAAGAGCGAGAGCAAGAAGGCAGCGUACCGGAGGAAGAGAAAGUGAGGAUGUUGGAGAUUUCACUCGUUACCAAAAGAAUCCCUCAGUUUCCAGGCUCAAUCUAUGAUGUGGGCUCUUCUUCGCCGCCCCUUCACAGUCUCUUCCGAGGAGGAGACGGUAGCGACGAUGACGAGAAGCUAAUUAGGGCUAUUGACAUACGGCGGAAGGUGACGGCGGAUAUUUUUAAGGAAGCAAUGCAAUCGGGCAAGUUUGGAAUCACUUACUCCAGCAAUUUGGCUUCUUGGUCACCUGAUUUUAUUGAUUAUAUCAUGAUUGAAGCUGCUUUGAUGAAGAAACUGCCUGAAUUCUCGCAAUCUCCGUUCAAUUUUCGUGCCAAGACCGUAAUACAGAAUUCCAAUGUUGUUCCACUCAUCAGGUGGUUGAAACACCAUUCAUUGUCUUAUCCCCAAAUUGGGAAACUCUUAUGUUUGUCAAGAAGAAAUCUUGAUGCCAUGCGCUGUCGUGUUGAGUGGUUGAAGUCAAUUCAUGUGAGGGGGAGAUGUAUUGGGGUUGCAUUGGUGAGAGGAGGAGAGAAUAUUUUGGGACGCAGCAUGGAAGAAUUGGAUGAGAUUGUUGGAUAUUUGGAGAGCAAAGGAGUUAGGAGGGAUUGGAUGGGUGUUGUCAUAAGCCGGUGUCCACAAUUGUUGCUGUGCAGCAUGGAAGAAGUGAAAACUCGAGCAGGGUUCUAUUUGGAUUUGGGUAUGAAGGAGAAGGAUUUUGGCACUAUGGUCUAUGAUUAUCCCAAGGCACUUGGCUACUUUACUCUCGAAGAGAUGAACCAAAAGGUUAAUUAUCUCAGGGAGUUUGGCCUCUGUAACGAAGAUAUUGGGAGAUUACUAGCAUUUCAGCCCCGGUUGAUCAAAUGUAGCAUUGAGGAAAAAUGGAAGCCUCUUGUUAAGUAUCUGUACUACCUUGGGAUUGACCGGGAUGGCAUGAGGAGAAUUCUUACUGUCAAGCCAAUGAUCUUUUGCCUUGAUUUGGAGAGAGUCAUUGUGCCUAAGGUGCGAUUUUUACAGGACAUAGGUAUUCGAGAAGAUGCCAUUGGCAAUAUGCUUGUCAAGUUCCCUCACUUACUAACAUACAGCAUACGCAAGAAAAUCCGCCGUGUGGUCAUAUUCUUGUUGACAGAAGCUGGAGUUUCCCAGACGAAUAUAGGGAAGGUCAUAGCUUUGGGACCAGAGCUCUUGGGAUGCAGCAUAGUACGUAAGCUGGAGGUCAAUGUCAAGUAUUUUCUGUCACUUGGCAUACGUCUUCGACAUUUGGGUACGAUGAUUGCUGAUUUUCCCAUGCUACUUCGAUAUAACAUAGAGCUUCUCCGUCCCAAGUACAGUUACCUUCGGAGAACCAUGGUCCGCCCUUUGGAGGAUCUUAUUGAGUUUCCAAGGUUUUUCAGCUACUCUCUGGAAGACCGAAUUAUUCCGAGACACCAGCUUCUGGUAGAGAACCAGCUAAAUUUUGAACUGCGGUACAUGUUGGCAUGCUCCAAUGAAGAGUUCAAUAAGAGGGUUGAGGCUGCGGUGGAAAGGCGUGAGAGUUUUGAAUUUGUUGCCACCGAAGAAGCUCUGUGGGAGUCUCAGACAACUGAUGGCUCCUCCCCCCUGGAGCAGAAUACAACUGCUGAUUAUCUCGACGAUGAAAUUCCCAAGCGGCCGAUUGCUCAAGACUGAGAGAGAGCUAUUGGGUUCUUCUGUGUGACGAUUUUGUUGUUCACUGAUGUCCAUAUGCAUACAAAUGUCAAGAAUUUUUUUUGGGGGGUGUAUUAUUUGAUUGUUAAAGUUGUAUAUAUGUAUAGGUUUUGGUGGAAUGUAUCUAUUUAAUAGACAGCAAUUGUUGAAGACUGAAUCUGAAAAAAUAGUUGCAAGGAACAAAUCCCUCCACUGUAAGAUUUGAAAUUUGUACUGAACUUUAUAAAUAUUUUUUUAAUGAGUGUUUGAGUCAUAAAUUUCAAAAA